GAGUUCAGUCGGCAAUACGGCAAUCAGACAGAUCAGACUCCGGCAGGAGUUCGGCGGAAACGAGAGCGGCAAUUCGCACUAUCCCAUCCGCAGUUUCCGUAUGCGACACACUGUCCGUGGAAAGACAGAAACAGAAAGGACGAGAAAAGAGAUCAUCAAAGCAACUCGUUGACAGCGAGUUCAUUCUACAAGUGCUACGAUGGUGGAUUACAGCAAAUGGAAGAACAUUGAAAUUUCAGAUGAUGAAGAUGAUACGCAUCCAAAUAUUGAUACGCCGUCCUUAUUCCGAUGGCGUCAUCAAGCACGGCUGGAAAGAAUGGAAGAGCGCAAGAGAGAACAGGAGGAACAUAUGAGGAAAAAAGCAGAAACAAUUCAAAAGCUGAAGGAUACAAAAGAGAAAUUAGCCAAGUUAGAAAGCGAAAAUAAAAAUUCGCCUGACUUAACUACAUUGAAAAAAGUUCUUCAGGAUCUUGAAGAGGAAGAGAAAAAGAUACAGGAGGUGGAGAAAGAAAUGGAAAAGAAAGAAAAAUUGACACCGUGGAAUGUAGAUACUAUUGGACAAGAUGGUUUUACAAAAACUGUGAUAAAUACAAAGCCUCCAAGGAGAAACGAUGAUUCGAGUUUGUCUGACGAGGAAAAGGAAAAACUAAUGAAGCAGUUUGUUAAGGAUCACGAGAAAAAACUAAAAGAGUUUGGCAUGUUAAGAAAAUAUGAUGACAGCAAGAAAUUCUUGCAAGAACAUCCAUAUCUAGUUUGCGAGAAUACUGCAAACUAUUUGGUCAUUUGGUGCAUUAACUUGGAAAUGGAAGAUAAACAUAAUUUGAUGGAGCAUGUUGCACAUCAAUGCAUAUGUAUGCAAUAUAUCUUGGAGCUAUCUAAGCAAUUGGACGUUGAUCCGCGGGCGUGUGUGGGUUCCUUUUUCAGUCGCAUUCAGAUCGCCGAAGUGGAAUACAAAAAUUCUUUCGAUGAAGAACUUAGAGCAUUUAAAGACAGAAUACGCAAAAGAGCAGCGGAGAAGGUGGCUGACGCAGUUAGAGAAGCUGAAGAAGAAGAGAGACAAGCUCGUUUGGGCCCUGGUGGACUCGAUCCAGUUGAAGUAUUUGAAAGUCUUCCAGAGGCCUUACAAAAAUGUUUCGAAUCCCAAGAUAUUCCGUUGUUGCAACAAACAAUAGCCGCGAUGCCAGAGGAAGAAGCGACAUAUCAUAUGAAACGUUGCGUCGAUAGCGGUUUGUGGGUUCCAGAUGCGAAAAACAAAGAGAAGGAAAACGAAAAGAAGGAGGCAGAGAAAGAACAAACUGUCGCGGAACAGACACCAGAUCCGGAAUAAUGCAUUUAAGUUAAAUCCUAUUGCCGAUACUCAAUGAAAAAUCAGUAUCUCAUUUACAUCAUUUAUUCUUUACAUAAUCCAAAACGGGUAUAUUAACAAUAAAAAUUGUCAUCUGUGCAAACUUCGGCAAUGUAAGAUUAUUAUUUACAUCAGCUUUUUCUUACGUCGCCGUGUUGGCACGCUGUUAAUUCGAGCUGAAUUAGUUUAUAAGACUGAGUUGUCGUUUCAUAAAUAGAAAACUUGGCAUACGCAUGAAAUAUGUAAUUACCAAGUGGCACGAGUACUAGCUUCGAAAUGCUAUAUAAUCUUCAUUUUUGUGUAUGAUUUGUGUUACUAUUGAAUUGUCCUUUCAUGUAAUGUACAUAUAUAUUGUUAAUCACAAUCCAUAAUUAUUUCGAGAAAUUUUUUGUCCCUAUAUAAUACUAGUAUUGUACAUUAAUCGGGAACAAUAUCGUUAUAUAAAUAAAACUAAUUAUAUGUCUAAAUUGUCUAUAUCGUCUAUAUUAUUUAUGAGAUAGUAUAAUUGUUCUUUGAAAAAUUAUUUUAGUUCUCAAAUUCAGUUUAUUUUAAUUUUGUACACAUAGCUGAAUCAGUCAAAUUGGUUUUUCUUCCAUGUUUUAAACGUUAAAACAAUGAAAUAGAAAUUAAUUUUACACAUGUAGGGAAUGUCAAACUUAUAUUCUUGUAUUGUUUUAUUAUUAUAGGCCUGUCCUUUAUCGCUGCACUGCUGCACUGGUGCAAUAAGUUAGGAUAAGACAAAUAUAUUUUUUCUCAUUCUUUUCGCAACCAGUAUACUUAUACAUACUUAUCGCACCAGUAUAGCAGUGCAGCUACCAAGAACAAACCUUAUGUUUUACUCUUUCCUUUUUUGGUGACAGAAACGGGAAUAAAUUAUAGAAUUGAAUUAAUAUAUGACUAAAUAUCACAUAAUUUACGCAAAGCAUGCUUUUUGUUAUCAAAUUUGUCAAUGUUAAAAUCUUGUUGAAUAAUUUUAUUAUUAUUAUACACUUUACAAGUUGUCAUAUAUAUUUCGUUAUUAUUUAUGUAUUAAUAACUUCGCUAAUUGUUAUCUUUUAGGCCGAAAGUCAUUCACCAGUUUCGAGACACGUUUGAAAAAGCCCGCCGUUAAACUCGAAUAGGAGGCGGCGCUCGCCGAGCUCUCGAUCGAGUUUUGCGACGGCGUAGUACAUAAUACCGGAACCUCGAACGUCUCGUCCUUUUCCGGUGUGGCGUUGGCAGGAGGGACGGCGUAGAAAUUGAGCAAGGAAUCUACACUUAAUAUAGGCAAACAAAAACGUGAUUGCAAGAAAGAAUUUUAGUUCGCUCUUGUAAUUUCAGUAGUUUUCUUUCAAUAUACUUGUAGCAAGAAUCUUAAUUGUAAUGAUUACAUCUAUUGAUACAGAUUUAUAGAUAUAUGAAACUUAAAACGUUAAAAGAUUUAUGGAUGUAUAACACUUACCAAAUGUUUAACAUACUUGUAGCAAAUCGUAAUUAUGAUUAUGUUCACUGCCGGAUAUAGAUUUGUAGAUAUAUAAAACUUAUGAAACAUUAAAAGAAAACUAUAAUUAGCACAUUAUUAUUAAGUAUCUGAGUUUACUUUUAAUUCAUCUAAAGGUUAAUAAAAUACAUAACAUAAAUUAAUAAAUAUAUUAUAUGUUUAAUUUCUUAUUAUACAAAUUAAAUAGUUUAAUAAACUAGAUUAUUAGAUACACAUUUCUGUAUGCAUUUACAUAUCUUAAUCAAGCUUGACGGCUGAGAUAUGUAAUUGUUGAAGUAUUUAAUAAAUAUAUGAUCUGUUUGAAU